AUGACGGCCGCCUCAUCUUUGCUCCCGCCGACGAGGUGCGCCCACCCGCGCCCUGGCUGUGAUAUAUCGCCGCCACGGGAUGCUGACCGGCGUGGGAAUGGGUAUCGGUGUCAGGCCCGGACCCCCGCACCCCGACGCCUCCUUCCCCUCCCACAGGACCGCGUCAUCCGCGCGGCGCCCGUGUCUGCGCUUGCAGACGGCUCGGGCGCCGGGGCGUUUGAGGAGGAGGAGGAGUAUGAGAAGGCGGACUCGGAGAAGCUGGCCGUCACCGUCGUGACUGGCUUCCUCGGCUCCGGCAAGACCACCCUCGUCAACUACAUCCUCCGCGAGCAGCACGGCAAGCGGAUCUGCGUCAUCGAAAACGAGUUUGGCGCCGCCCUCGUCAAGGAGAACCUCUCCUCGGCGGAAGAGGUCAUCUCGAUGGACAACGGCUGCGCCUGCUGCACGGUCCGAGGCGACCUGGUGCGCGCCCUCACGCAGCUCAAGGACCGCAAGGACUCCUUCGACCUCGUCCUCCUCGAGACGACCGGCCUCGCCGACCCCGCGCCCAUCCUCGCGACAUUCACGCAGAACUGGACCAUCAGCAACAACUACCGGAUCGACGGCGUGCUCUGCCUGACCUUUCCUAGACCUUUCCUGGACCUUUCCUGCCAGGUGCGGCCCGAGGGGACGGUCAACGAGGCGGUGCAGCAGGUCGCCUUCGCCGACCGGGUCCUUCUCAACAAGCUUGACUUGGUGGACAAGGGCGAGCUGGGCGCAGUCAAGACGCUCAUCCAGGAGGUGAACGCGUUCGCCGAGCUGAUCGAGUGCCAGCAGUCGCGCGUGCCCGUCGACAAGCUGAUGGACAUGAACGCCUUCUCGAUGGAGCGCUUCCAGGAGGAGAUCGCGGAGUACGACCUCGAGGAGGACGCUGCUGCGGAGGAGUGCACCGACGAGCAGGAGGGGGCGAGGGAGGGGCAGAAGGCGAAGAAGCGGAAGCACGACAUUUCUGGCGUCGGCUCGUUUGCGCUCCAGUCGGAGCACGCGCUCGACUCGCAGCUCUUCAACCGCUUCAUGGUGCAGCUGCUGCAGCGCAAGAAGGAGGACCUCUACCGCAGCAAGGGCGUGCUGUGCUUCGAGGGCGAGGGCGACGCAAAGUACAUCUUCCAGGGCGUGCACGAGCAGAUCCAGUUCGAGCAGUCCAACACCAAGUGGGUGGAGGGCGAGCCGCGCGUCUCCAAGGUAGUCUUCAUCGGGCGCGACCUCGACAGGGAGGAGAUCGAGGCCGCCUUCCGCACAUGCAUCGUCCACGCGCAGACAGCGCACCCGCACUGA